UUCUUCAUCCUGUUAGUGUGCACCACUUGUGUGGGUACUCACUCUUUUGAUGUCUCUUGCUCACAACACCCUCUCCAGUGCUCUUCCUCACUUCCUGUGCAGCAUCGCUGCUCACUCUAUUUCUUCAUCCCCUUUUCAGAGUCAUCUAAUUAUUGGUUCCAACCAUACCAAUUCUUACUUGUAAAGCAGCUUUCCAAGGAAAUGGCUUCCAAAAACAAAAUUGGAUACAAGUGUCGCAUAGGAGGUGUUCUGCUUCUCCUCUUGGGCAGUAUUGCUGCCCUUGUUGCGGUUGCGGUCAUCCAGGACUCUUGGAUGUCCAAAGAGUACAGCAAAGAGUAUGGGAUAGUGAUAGAUGCGGGUUCUUCACGUUCCAAUGUGUAUCUGUAUGAAUGGCCAGGAGAGAAGAAGAAUGACACAGGAAUAGUGACUCAAAACAUGAACUGCAAAGUAGAAGGACCUCCUAUCUCAGAGAUUAAAGAUGACCCAGAGAAACUUAGAAAGACGAUGAAAGGAUUCCAAGUAUGUAUGGAUAACAUAACCAUGCGCAUUCCUGCUGAAAAGCACAAAACAACACCUCUGUUUUUGGGAGCAACUGCUGGAAUGCGACUUCUCCAUGAAAUAGAUGAACAGAAGUCCAACGAAGUCUUGGCAAGUCUCAGAAAAUAUCUGAGUUCACUACCUUUCAGCUUCCAAAAUGCCUCCAUCAUUACUGGUCAAGAAGAAGGGCUGUACGGGUGGAUCACAGUCAAUUACUUGAUGGGAAAUUUCUUGCAUGGAAACAUGUGGAACAGUUUUUUGCAUCCAAUGGGUUCAAAGACAGUUGGUUCCAUGGACCUCGGUGGGGCAUCAACACAGAUUGCCUUUGCCGUUCAGGAACUUGGCAAUGGGUCUGAUUACAUGCGAGUGAAGCUGUACGGUUACCCCUACAAUGUCUACACGCACAGCUUCCUCUGCUAUGGAAAGAAUGAAGCUGAAAAAAGGGUUCUGGAUAAAGUUGUACAGCAAUCAUCUGACCCAACUUACAUAAUAAACCCCUGUUAUCCAGAGGGUUUCAACUCAACUGUGAAAGCUUCAACGAUUUACGACACGGAGUGCACAAAGAAACCCCGAAUAUACAACCCAGAUCAGGAGUUCUUCAUGGUUGGAGGUGCAGAUUCAGAAAAAUGUGGGACGUUAGUAAAGUCCAUAUUCGAUUUCAAAACCUGUUCUGCGCCACAGUGCUCCUUCAAUGGCAUCGAACAGCCACCUGUCACUGGAGAAUUUAUGGCAUAUGCUGGGUUUUUCUACAUCGCCAGGGCUCUGCUGCUGAAUGGGACCUCAGAUCUUGAUCAGUUCAAUGUGUCUGUUGGGAACUUCUGCCAUACACACUUUUCAGAGCUGAAAAAACAAAAACCUUGGAUCAGUGAAAAAUAUCUGAAGACUUACUGCUAUGCGACACACUACGUCCUCACCCUCCUGACAGACGGCUAUAAGUUUGAUAAAGAAACCUGGAAAAAUAUACACUUUGAAAAGGAGGUACAGUCAACCGGAAUUGGUUGGAGUUUGGGCUACAUGCUGAGUAUGUCCAAUAUGAUCCCAUCUGAAGUGAAAGAAAUCCCUCCGUUGACAAAGGCAGCCUACGCUGGCCUCAUCUUUCUAUUUUCAGCAUUACUCAUUGUGACUGCUGUUGUGGUGUUUAUAUUCCUCGUUCGCACCUGCUACUGAGAAAGUAAGAGGAAAAAGGGAUUUCAGCUGGAAUUUUCUAUAUCUGUGUUGCAGCUGCAUGUGUAGUAAUGGUUAUAAAUCAAAAUGUCUUGUUUUGAAAAGUGAUUGUAAGAGGCAGGAGUCACACGAACACGAUGCAGUGGUGGAUGGGCCUCAUAUUUAGGAUUGCAGC